AUGUCGGCUCGAGCCAGAAAGCGGUUUAUAGUGGUCAUAUGGUUUUUAGCUCACCUUGCAAGGGAGUUUAUGCUGUACCUCAGGGAGAGGUGUAAAGAAUUACCUUUAGAGAAUUGUGAUAUUCAUCCAAAAAAAGUUGUGGAUAAUUACUGCAACAACUGCAAAUUACCUCUUUGUUCCUUGUGUUUUGCAAGAGAUCAUAAUGGGUAUAGCGUGAUAGAGUUGGAAGAUAUGUACAAUGAGUGCAUAAAUGCAGCUAAGAUGAAACUUAGGAACAUCGAGGAUACUGAUCUCUUUGAAUCACAGAAAAGACUGUUAAUGCAAAGAGACAAUAUUGAAAAUCUGAAAAGUGGAUUUGCUUAUUUGGGGUUAGCCAUGAAAAAGAGCGCUUAUGAAUUAGUUGCGAAAGUAAACACUCUACUUGCUGAUAACUAUGCCAAGCUGGAUAAAAUGGAAGAGUGUAUAUUGGAUGAUACGAGAAACCAAGAAAUUGAAACGGACCUAUACACAGGAUUGGGCUCCCCGGAUAUUCUGGGAACCAAACGCUAUUUUUCGUCUCCCAACAAUGGAGACAUAUUAGUGGGGAUGAAUAGAGUUAUUAUAGUUAAAGAAAGGAAAAUCACUAGAUAUAACAAGGAAGGGAAUAAGCUCCAAGAGAUCCAGAGAAAUUCUAAAGGAGAGGAGUUAUACAAAAGCAUUACUUUUAUUACUGAAAACAUAAAUGGCGAUGUUUGCGCAUCAGAUCUAGACCUCACUGCAAACAAGGUAGCAGUGGUGACCAAGUCAGGAGAGUAUCGGUUCUCAUACUCGGGUCACCAGUCUCAGUCAGGAUUCUUUCCUUAUGGAAUUUGCACGGCUAACCUGGGACAUAUUUUGGUGUGCAAUUCUUCCGUUGAUCACAUUUCUGAUGCUAGGUGCUUCAGUGUUCACCUAUUAGACCAAGACGGACAUUUUCUGAGAUGUCUUCUUACACCUACUCAUAGUCCAUCAGAUCAUUACUCCAUCUGUGUUGAUGAUCAACAGAAUAUAUUAACUGGAUCUAGAGGGAGUUCUACGCUUACUGUGUAUAAAUAUCUCAAAUGA